UACAUUCCUUAAACCUCCAUAAAAAACCCAUGAGCUUUCAAGAACCCAAAAUCAAGAACUUGGAACAAAUCCUCAUUUUUCUCUCUAAAAAAAUACAAAAUUCAAAAGAAAAAAAAAAACUUGGAAAAAUGAGUACUAUGAAAUUUUGCCGAGAAUGUAACAACAUUUUGUAUCCCAAAGAAGAUAAGGAGCAAAAGAUCCUCCUUUAUGCUUGCAGAAAUUGUGACCAUCAGGAGCCUGCUGAAAACAAUUGUGUGUACAGAAAUGAGAUACAUCAUUCUGCUGCAGAACGCACACAAGUAUUGCAGGAUGUAGCAGCAGACCCAACUUUGCCUCGUACAAAAUCUGUUCGAUGUGCUCAAUGUGGUCAUGGAGAAGCAGUUUUCUUCCAGGCAACUGCAAGGGGAGAAGAAGGUAUGACACUCUUCUUUGUUUGCUGCAACCCGAACUGUGGGCACCGGUGGAGGGAUUGAGAUCACAUUUGAGUUAUGGUGGGUGCACUGUUAGUUCUUGAUGUCUUCAAAAAACUAAUUCUGAACAAAAGGAAAAUACUGCAACUGUUCGUCAUGUAGUGCGUGUACACUGUAAUGAAUCCUUUCCUGUGUUGGAUUGGAACACAUGUUAAUUAUUUAGGCGAAAUUCUGAAACUUGCGCAAAGUUUCUGUUAUCCAAUAGCCAUACUGUGAGUAGUACUAAUGUUUCUGGCUUUAAAACAUAACUCAACUAUGUUGUUUCUAUAUUUUGAAGAACUUAACCUGUUAAUUCAUUUGGUUAUUUUGCAUUA